CAGGAACCAGAAUGCCCACAACAGUCGGCCAAUAGUAUCGCAGGUUGUUUUGAGGCGUUGAAUGCACGCGGUGGUUUUUCACUUCCUGGUUAAAGAUGGCGGAUGAGAAUGAGACAGCACCGAAGCCGGAGAAAGAAGAGGAGGUAGAAGAAGACCAUGGACAUUGCAGUGAUUGCGAAAAUGAAGAGCAUCACUUUGAUGAUGGUGACAAGGGCCAGGGAGAUGACAGCGGUGCCAAGAAGAAGAAAAACAAAAAGAAGAAGAAGAAGUCUGGGGCAAAUAAAGAACCUGCAGAGGAGGAUCCGCUAGGCAAGGUAGAUGUGAACUCGCUGCCUGCUGAUAAGCUGCAGGAGAUCCAAAAGGCCAUUGAACUGUUCUCUGUUGGCCAGGGCCCUGCCAAAACCAUGGAGGAGGCAAGCAGACGCAGCUACCAGUUCUGGGACACACAGCCCGUCCCCAAGCUAGGGGAGAUGGUGACAUCGCAUGGUUCCAUCGAGCCUGACAAAGACAACAUCCGGGAGGAGCCCUACAGCCUUCCUCCAGGCUUCACGUGGGACGCCUUGGACCUGGGUGACGCUGCUGUGCUGAAGGAGCUGUACACUCUGCUCAAUGAGAACUACGUGGAGGAUGAUGACAACAUGUUCCGCUUCGACUACUCCCCAGAGUUCCUGCUCUGGGCUCUGCGUCCCCCAGGCUGGCUGCCCCAGUGGCAUUGUGGGGUGAGGGUGAACUCCAACCAGAAGCUGGUGGGCUUCAUCAGUGCCAUCCCUGCCAACAUUCGCAUCUAUGACCAAGAUAAGAAGAUGGUGGAGAUCAACUUCCUGUGCGUCCACAAGAAGCUGCGCUCCAAGCGGGUAGCGCCAGUCCUGAUCCGAGAGAUCACCAGACGAGUCAACCUGAAGGGUAUCUUCCAGGCUGUCUACACUGCUGGCGUGGUACUGCCCAAACCCGUGGGCACCUGCAGGUACUGGCAUCGCUCCCUGAACCCACGCAAGCUGAUCGAGGUGAAGUUCUCUCACCUGAGCCGGAACAUGACUAUGCAACGCACCAUGAAGCUGUACCGUCUGAAUGAGGCACCAAAGACCUCUGGCUUGCGGCCAAUGACCAGGAAGGAUGUUCCGGCGGUGCAUCGCCUGCUCCUGGAGUACCUGAGCCAGUUCCACCUGGCCCCGGUCAUGAGCCCCGAGGAGGUGGAGCACUGGCUGCUGCCCCAGGAGAACAUCAUCGACACCUACCUGGUCGUGACCUCUGGGGGCAAGGUGACGGACUUCCUGAGCUUCUACACGCUCCCCUCUACUAUCAUGAACCAUCCAGUGCACCGCAGCCUCAAGGCAGCCUACUCCUUUUACAACGUGCACACCACCACCACCCUGCUGGACCUGAUGUCUGACGCACUCAUUCUGGCCAAAUCGAAAGGGUUUGACGUUUUCAAUGCACUGGACCUGAUGGAGAAUAAGACUUUCCUGGAGAAGCUCAAGUUUGGCAUCGGAGACGGGAAUCUACAGUAUUAUCUGUACAAUUGGAAGUGUCCUAGCAUGGGAUCAGAGAAGGUUGGCUUAGUACUACAGUGACAUCCCUCUUCACCCCCUUCCCCUGAGCGUCACAGUUAGGCCAGGAGACCGCACUGACCACCUGACAGAUGGACCGAUGGACUUCCUGGAAAGAGAACCCACCGCCCAUUUUUAUUUCUUGACCUUUGAACUUUGACCUGCACUACCGCUGCCAGGCAGGGAGUCGGGGGAGUUGGUCCUUCUCCACACUCCACGCUCUCUCUCCCUCCCGUCACAUGGACCUUAAGCCAUUUUAGUUACCAUCCCAACUGAAGUCUGUCAUGAUUGUACCAGAUAUCUUAUACACACACUGCACAAUUCGCUAUAUAACACACACGUAACUACACAACAUACAUGUACAGUAAGACAAACAUGACAGGAAAAUUAUACUAACACAUACUCACUCGAUGCUAACAUUUUCUUUUUCUUCAUGCGUGCGAUGAGCUUUUUCGAAACAAACGCAUCUCAUCAUCCCCAAAGUAAAGUGUUUAGAUUUCUCUCUAAAAAUCAAAAACAUUUCAAAAGGAAGAACAACUAAACAAAACAAAAAUAAGGUAAUUAAUAUCCAAAGUGGAAACAAGACAAGGGCUUCUGUCAGUUUUUUUCUUCUCUCGCUAUUGAGGCUUGAACCUGCAGAUUUACUAUCAACCCCUCAAUUUUCUUCACUGUAUGCAUUCUAGAGUUGACUCUGUACACAGCUGACUGAGGGGUUUUGUCCUUCAUAUUUGUAUUUUUUUUAUUAAUAUAUUUUUUGGUCCCAUCUGUACUAACUGCUGUGACCCAUUCAGAAAAGCCCUGUUCAGAAGAAAAUACAACGAUGACCGUUAAAUGGAAUAGCUGUCAACAAGAACUUAACAAUUUGGAGUAGUUUGGACCUCUUUUUUUUGUUUUUUUUUACGUUGCGGCCGGGAGAGCAGAUAUCUGGAGUAGAGGAAUGGUUGGGUGGGGGCUGCUGAGAGGGGGCACGGAAGGGACUGGAUACUGUUUGUGGGUAUAACACCUCUGAAAUUGAGAAUCAAAACUGUCAAGGAUUUUGGGGACCUGGGCCAGGGAGGGGGCUGGGUAACACCCCAAGUAAACUUUUUGUUUUUAUGUAGAGUGUUGGAUGGGAUGCAAACCGAAAUGAAAAACGGGUCUCGUGGUUUUAUGAUGCAGGAAAACAAAUGUGAAGAUGCGGGGGAUUUUUUUGUGCAAAAUAAAAUAUAGAAGUUGCUGUGA